AUGUCGCAGGAUGCAGAGGCUGGGGGCCCCCCAGGGGCCCCUCAAACACAAACAGAUGAAGCUGAUCCUUUAUUAGAUUCUGUAACAAAGGUUCAGACCGCCGGCAGCCUGGCGCCUCGAGGAGUUGAAAUUGAAUGUCGUGUUUCUUCGAGCUUAGAUUUGAAUCGUCAAGUUGUAAGAAGUGAAAACUGUUCUAUAUCUAUACCUGAGCUGGAGUUGACGAUCCCAGCAUCUCGUGACAGAGCAGAGCUCAAUACAAUAGAGGGUUUUGUUUCUUCUUUUGCGGAGAAUCUAAGAGUUGCUGCAGCAUAUCAACUGCAAAUAGAUGAACAAGAAAAAGCAACAAAGCUACUACAAGUUGUACAGACACUGCAACAAAUGGCGGCAGGAGAAAAACCCUUCGUGCUGCAGCUCAACGAUCCCAGCGGAAACAGUUAUAUUGAGAGCAUCGAAUCAGCAGCAGACAAGGAAGAAGAAUGCAGCAGAAAAAGACAAGACACAGAGACUGAAACUGCAGCAACUACCAACAGCAGCAGCAGCAGCAGCAGCAGCAGCAGCAGCAGCUCGAGUUCUGCAAAGACAAGCAACUUGAGCGAGGGAGAGGGAAAGAGAGAGGACCUCUCAUCGCCUGAAGACACCGAACAGCAGCAGCAGCAGCAGCAGCAACAGCAGCAGCAGCAGCAGCAGCAGCAGCAGAAGAGGAUCACUGACACCGCUCUGACAAUUCGGCACUACGAGAGAACGCGGGAACAGCUGCAUGCAAUGGGGUAUUUCGAGGCGCAGGGAGAAGAAGACAGCAGCAAAGAAGAGGCAGCAGCAGCAGCAACAGCAGCAGCAGGAACAGCAGCAGCAGCAGCAACAGAAACAGCAGCAGCAGCAGGGGAGGCCCCAGGAGCAGAAGCAACAGAGGAAGCACUAAAAGAUGAGGCGCUGCUGCUGCCGGUUGAGUGCCCGCACUGCGGCGCCCACACCACCAACAAAGUCUGCCAAGUUGAUAUUCCAGAUCAAAGAUGA